AUGAUUAAAGCUACAGAGCUAACAAAAUUGUUGCAAAUUGAAUUAUUAAGUAAACCGAACUUAGAUGCAAUUGUAAUUUCCACGGGUGAUGGUGGUAUACUAUCUGCUGCAAUAAAUCAAGAAAAGAUUAAUAUAGAUGAUGUACAAAUUGUCACUGCUAUUCUAGUUAGUGCACUGAAUGAAUACAAUACUACAGAUCAUUCCUGUAGCAAUUUUUAUAUGGAAACAGAAAAGGGGAAAUUUAUGAUUGGAGAGUUUCAAAGUGAAAAUUUGUUCCUAGUAAUGUGGUUUGAAUUAACUACCUCAAUAGGUAUAAUUUACACGCUAUUUGAAAGUCUAAAUAAUGAAUUAUCUAAUAUACAACAAUAA